GGAACGCGUCACCCUUUCGCCUGAUCCGCUCUGUGUCCGGACGGCGAGCCGCCGUGGGUGGGGGGAAAGAAGGCCGUGCCGCCUUAAGGGACAGGAGGAUUGGCAGCGGCGGGGUUAAUGUUCAUCCACAAAGGAGCCAAAAGGAUUGUUGAUUAAGUAACACACAAACUGAAGAAUUAAUCUAUCUGAGAAACAUGUCUGUCCGGGAAUCUUUCAAUCCUGAAAGUUAUGAGCUUGACAAGAGCUUCCGCCUGACUCGCUUUGCAGAGCUUAAAGGCACUGGUUGCAAAGUUCCUCAAGAUGUAUUGCAGAAAUUGCUAGAAUCUUUGCAGGAAAAUCACUUUCAAGAUGAAGAGCAAUUUCUUGGGGCUGUUAUGCCAAGGCUGGGUAUUGGCAUGGACACAUGCGUCAUUCCUUUAAGACAUGGUGGCCUUUCUUUGGUUCAAACUACAGAUUACAUUUAUCCCAUUGUAGAUGAUCCUUAUAUGAUGGGACGGAUAGCAUGUGCAAAUGUAUUAAGUGACCUUUAUGCAAUGGGAGUCACAGAAUGUGACAACAUGCUUAUGCUGCUUGGCGUCAGUAAUAAACUGACUGAUCGGGAAAGGGACAAGGUGAUGCCUCUCAUUAUCCAGGGCUUCAAGGAUGCAGCAGAGGAAGCAGGAACGUCUGUUACGGGAGGACAGACUGUACUAAAUCCUUGGGUAGUUCUGGGAGGAGUGGCUACAACUGUUUGUCAACCUAAUGAAUUCAUCAUUGCUGACAGUGCUGUACCAGGAGAUGUACUUGUACUGACAAAGCCUUUGGGGACUCAAGUUGCAGUAGCAGUUCAUCAGUGGCUGGAUAUUCCAGAAAAAUGGAAUAAAAUAAAAUUGGUGGUGACCCAGGAAGAUGUGGAGUUGGCAUACCAGGAGGCAAUGAUGAACAUGGCUCGACUAAACCGAACUGCUGCUGGUCUCAUGCACACAUUUAAUGCACAUGCCGCUACAGACAUAACAGGGUUUGGAAUUUUAGGACAUGCACAAAACUUGGCUAAACAGCAACGAAAUGAAGUUUCCUUUGUAAUUCAUAAUUUGCCUGUAUUGGCUAAGAUGGCUGCUGUCAGCAAGGCAUGUGGGAAUAUGUUUGGCCUUAUGCAUGGCUCUUGUCCUGAAACCUCAGGAGGUCUUUUGAUCUGUCUGCCACGAGAACAGGCUGCACGCUUCUGUGCUGAAAUAAAAUCCCCCAAGUAUGGAGAAGGUCAUCAAGCAUGGAUUAUUGGCAUUGUAGAAAAGGGCAACCGUACCGCCAGAAUCAUAGACAAGCCACGAAUCAUUGAAGUUGCCCCUCAAGUGGCUACUCAAAAUGUUAACCCAACUCCUGGUGCCACUUCUUAAUUAAGGCUUACCUAGCUUUUUUUGUUUUGUUUUUAAAUAGACCCUAUUCUUUACCAUCAUACAAUUUAAAUAAUUGUAAAAAAGUAUAUAUAUAUAUAAAUAUAUAUCAUUGUGUCUGCCCAUUUCUUGGCCUUGGGUCCAGUACAGCAAUGGGUAUGAUUUAAGAAGUAAAAAUAAA